AUGUCGAGCACGUGGAAGCCGUUCACCAUCACCUCAUUCCCCACUGUCCCCUUAACGACUACCUUCACGCCGCCUCCGCUAUGUUCCGGCGUAUACCUUCCCCAGGACCGGAACGUCCUCAUGAUGGACCACGAGGCUAGCUGUCUUCCGUCCGGGUUCAAGAGCCAGGAAUCUUCGUUUUUCUCGCCAGGCAUCGACUGCCCGCAAGGCUAUUGGAGCGCGUGCCAUGACACGACGGGGGUUGCGAGCAUCACCACUGUGACGUGCUGCCCGUUCAGGGGCGAUAUCAGUUUAGCAUGCGUCACUCCUUCCACGCUGGGCGGCAGAUGGGCGAGCCUGUUUUGUACCUGGAUAGCCCCCGGUGGCAACGGCACGACAGUUUCGUAUACCGGGUCGAGCGCGGCCGACAAGACCUCAACGCUGCCCUCGGCCAUGACCAGUCCGGACGGCAUCAACGCGUUCGGUGUCCGGAUAGUUUUCCAGUCCACUGAUACGCCGUCCUCCACACCGCCACCGUCAUCGCUGUCGUCGUCUUCGCUAACCAAUACAGGCUCUGGAACGACGACAUCGACGACAACGACGGCAGGCGCCCUGGCGGCGGGUACGCUUGUUGAGGCGUCGAGCUCCGGUCUGUCAACCGGAGCUACUGCUGCGAUCGCGGUGGUGAUCCCCGUCGUUAUUAUCGCAGGUCUCGUGGGGCUGUUCCUGCUGUGGCGAAGGCGACGCAGGCAACAGGGCGUUGAUGGAUUGGGGGCGAACGCCCCGCUCGCACAGGGGCCACCGGGAAACAAGUACUACUACGCGAACGAGGCGAAAUGGCAGCAGCCCCUGGCGCCACAGGAACUUCCGGUGGAACAGAGUGGGAUGCGAGCCGAGCUGCCUUCUGUGCAAAAUAGCUACGAGAUGCCUGUGGGUUCGCCGAGAGGUCCAUCAAGUGCUUAG